UUUAUAACGAAUAUUAGGAAUUUUUCUAAAAUUAUUUUAAAUUUUUUGAAAAAAAAAGGCUUUUUAGAAGCAAAAAAGGGGGUCAUCAUCAUCAUCGUCGUCGUCGUCAUUCGUCAUCGUCUUCUGUCAAAUCUCUCCUCCACAACCCAAAAAAGGAUUCUUACAGCAUAAGAAUGCAAAUCUCAAAUCUUUCCUCCUCCUCCUAUUAUUAUAUGUGACCAUUGUUCUCCUCUAUUUUACCAUCGUUGGCCGAGGUAAAGAAUCCAUUGAUUUCAGUGGAUUUUGUAGAGAGAUUUUUGGAAUAAAUUAAGAAACCAUUGCAGAAAAUCAAAGGGCAGAUUUUGAGAGAGAGAGAGAGAGAGGGAGUGGAUAUCAUAUAGGAUGAACAGAACAUCCUCUGUUUCAAUUGUUCUUGUUCUUUUAUCCAGAUCUUAGAUUCUCCGCGUUUCCUCAUCUGGGUUACCUCCAAAAUGGAGAAAAAGAUGGAAUCGGAUCUGGGCAAGCUCUUCAUCGGCGGGGUUUCAUGGGACACGGGUGAAGAACGGCUGCGGGAGUACUUCGGCAAGUACGGUGAAGUGGUCGAAGCCGUGAUCAUGAGAGAUCGUUCCACGGGUCGUGCCCGUGGAUUCGGAUUCAUCGUUUUCUCAGAUCCUUUUGUUGCUGAGAAAGUGAUCAUGGAAAAACACAUGAUCGAUGGUCGCACGGUCGAGGCGAAGAAGGCGGUUCCACGAGACGAUCAACAAGCGCUGAAACGACACGCCAGUCCCCUACACCAUACGCCGUCGUCGUUGUCGCCUGGACAUGGUGGUGGACGGACAAAGAAGAUCUUUGUCGGAGGUUUACCGUCUACAAUUACCGAGGCCGAGUUCAAGAACUACUUCGAUCAGUUCGGUUUAGUUUCCGACGUCGUGGUAAUGUACGAUCACAAUACGCAGAGGCCAAGAGGCUUCGGUUUCAUCACUUACGAUUCCGAGGAUUCCGUGGAUAGGGUUCUACACAAAACCUUCCACGAACUCAACGGUAAAAUGGUCGAGGUGAAGAGGGCAGUGCCGAAAGAGCUUUCCCCUGUUCCUAACCGAAUCCCUGUUCUCGGGCACGGUAACUUCGGAGGUUCGAAUAUGUCUCCUCCUGCUAAUAGCUACUUCAGUAAUUUCUCUCCUGGUUAUAAUGUGAGCUCGGUUGCUCGGUUUAGCCCCAUUGGUAGCGGUAGUAGAACUGUGUUUCCUGGUUUCGGGCUUGGUCUGAAUCCUGAACUGAGCUUGGAUCCGAGCUAUGAUGGAUCAAAUUCUUCGGUCGGAAACACUUUCGGGUAUGCCCGGAUUCCGAGCAACCAUUACUACAAUGGCAAUGGCGUAGCCUCGCCUAACCGUUACAACAUUCCAAUCGGGUUUAACAGGACUGACCACCCUCCCCGUGUUUACAACACGAGCAGCCGAGACAUGUGGGAAAACAGGACGGACUCUGCUGUCUCGGGUUGGAACCUCGGUGUCUCGGUUGGAAACAACAGAGGGAACUGGGGACUUUCUUCUGCUGCAAGCGAUAACAAUGGCUACGCGAGAAAUCUCGGGACAGGUUCUGGAUUUUCCGCGUCUUCUUCCUUCUCGGGAACGAACGGGUUUGAGGGUUCUAUCGGAGAAUUCUUCAGAGGCGGCUCGGUUUACAGCGACUCAACGUGGCAGCAACCACCUCCUCCUCCUCCUCAGUCUUCUCAUGAGUUAGAGAUUGGAUCUUCUCGUCCAUUCAGCUAUGGCAUUGGCAAUGUAAUCUCAGACCCAUCUGCCAAUGUCUCAGAAGGUUACAAUGGAAGUUACAGUGUCGGAAAUAGACAAACGAACAGAGGAAUCGCGACAUAGGUGUGUGAUCAAACAAAAACUGAUGAGAUUCGUAGAUGAGCCGCCAUUGCAGAGUUCUUCUUCAUCUGAUAAUGUCGAUUAGGGUUCUUGUUCAUCUUGGAGAGAGAGAGAGAGACCAAAUUUCACCGUAAGUUCCGCGAAAUCUGUUUUUUUUUUCUUUUCUCAUUGGCACAAACAAAAAGUGAUUUUUUUUAGAUCGUUGUUUAUGGGAGACAAAUUAAGAUCAGAUCUUAGAGACAAAACACAACAACAACAACAGUGAGGAAGAUGAAGAUCUGCUUCUCAGCAGCUCCAUAGCAAAAGCCAGACCGUAGAUUUUUUAGGAUCUUUUUUUUUUUUAACUUGAAUCGAUAGAGAUUCCUGAUGUUGUUUGCUCUGUUGUUUGUAGUAAUUUUAUCCUUUGAUGAUCGAAUUGUUCAUGAGGAAGACACUCUGAUUUUAUUACUUUGGUAAUUUUCGUUUUUCA